GGGUCCUAGAAAUAGCAGCUUCCGGUACCGCAGGACCACUUAGAGUGGAACAUGUUUUGUUGAGCAUUCACAACUUGAAUGACCAGGUUGCAGAAUGGCCACUCUUCAGUCAUUCAACGUCUUUCUGACGGAAAGAUUAACCGCUGCUGCAGGAGACAUCUAUGACUUCGUUGAAAGGACCGUGACAAACUACGAAGAGGAAUUGUACCAGACCAAGCUAGAAAACCAGAGACUGCAGCGGUUGCUGGAUUUGGUCUACAAACCGGAGAUAAGAUUGCACAGAGCAGACGUCAAACAGCCAACUCUACCUACAUCUGCAGAGGACAUUUCCCAGCAGGAGAGGUGCCCGAGCUUUCAUGUGGGAGAGUCAGCACCCUCCCACAUGAAAGAGGAGAAGGUGAAUCUGUGGAUCACUGGGUUCAAGGAAGAGCCUUCAGCUGAAAACCGUGACGAUGGGGACGCCUUAACGCAGGAAGUCAUCGAAACAGUGCAGCAGUUAGAGGACUGUACACCAGCAGAGGACUGUACACCAGCAGAGGACUGUACACCAGCAGAGGAGAGCAGAGAGCCAAAGAAAACAACAGAGGAGGGGCGCUCUAAGAAGAAGACUAACACUACCAUAUACAGCUGUCAGAUAUGCAACUGCCUUUUCACUAAAAGAAUUUUGCUUACACGGCACCUCAAGACACAUAAAAGAGGGUCAAAUGAUGGCAGGGGAAAGCUUGACGGUGAGCUCAUCCGCGAUCACAGAAAUCUGCAGAAGAACAUGAAAGUGCUCAAAGGAAAGAGACCCCACAGCUGUACAUACUGCAGCAAGAGUUUUAAAGAGAAAGGACACAUGACAGAACACAUAAGGAUUCACACAGGAGAGAAGCCGUUCAGGUGCCACGUCUGUGGUCAAGCAUUCAACAGAGAUCGUGUGCUGAGGAAACACAUUUUAACUAAACAUGAAAAUGAGAGACCCUACAAAUGUGGGGAUUGUGAUGAGUCAUUUACUCAGAGGCAGUCGAUGAAGUUGCACGUUUGUAAAGUUAAUGGCGUCAAAUCGAACACGAGUCAAAGUGUGGCCUGAGAGUAUUAGACAUCAUUAAUUAAUGAUGAUUUUAUAAAAAUCCGAGUAGAGAAUAGGGCAUGGCACAGGCAUCUGUGAAUUUUGGUACCUUUAGGAAACUUCUGACUUUUACUCCACUACACAAAAAAAAUAUUGUACUUUUCAAUGAAUUUCCCUUUUAUUUUGAAAGUGUGAUAGACUUUUUGAAUACUUUAUUAUUUUUAAAAUCAAGUUCUCCAGUACUUGAACUCAAGUCACAGUCUCACUGAACAACUUUCACUUGUAUUGGAGAAAUAUUUGAGCAGGAGGAUCUGUACUCUGACUGGAGUAAUGGAGCUGUGUGUGUCUGCUGUCACAGUUGCCAUCUACCUGUCAGGCGCUGGGGAAGGGAAUCUCCUCCCAGCCUGGUCCUGGUUCUCUAGCCUUGGUCAGAGUGCUGGUUUUUGUUGUUUGUUGUUUGUUUCUUAUGUUAAGUACGGUGUUGGGGAUCACCGGUAGUUUAGUUAUUGCUUUUUGUUUCAGUUUAGGUUGGUUUAAAGAGGCAUGUUAGAGGGGAUUUGCUCAGUGUGACAGCCCAUGGCACGGCUGGUUCAGCGGCCUUCUUUUGUUCUUUUUGGCCGGGUUUUCCACCCCCUUUUUUGUUUCCAUGAGUUUUGUUAAAUACUUGGUUUUAUUCAAUAAUAAACUUCUUUCUGGAGUUGGAAACCACUGUCUGGUGUCCUUUUGAUAAGUUCCAGUCUGGAACAUUCAGUUUGGUUGUAGGGAGACUGUAACAAAUUUCCGUUUUAUGACUAUCCUGUUAUAAGCAAGUUACGUGAAUGUGAAAUGCAAAUUUACAUGUGCAACAGUGCCACUGCUGCAUUUUCAUAUUUAAAGAAGAAAUAUGUUACUAAGCUUCAGUCAUACACCACAAUAGAAAUAUAACAAUUUUUUUACCAGAAUGGUUGUUGAUGUAAAGGAACAUUACAUAAUUGACAAAAAAGACACUCAUCAGCUGCUUUCAUAUUCAAAGUUUUCACCCUUGAAAUCCUUCAGUAUACUAACAAUAUAAUUCAAAAUAAUCAAGUCAACUGCUUGAUAUGAAAUGUAAAUCACACGCAAGCACAACAGCUCAGUCAGAGAC